CUGCGCUGCUUCCUUCACAGAGCUUCAACCUGCUCCGGUGUCUUUGUGGGGAGUCCCUUCAGGAAUCUCAGGAGAGGAGGAAGCCUUUAGAAUCGGUGACACUUACAGAACCGACAUAACGGUCCCUAAGGAACUGAGCCGAAGUGUGCGACUAGGAGGAAUGUCUUCUACCACUGGCCCAAGCGAGAAGGACUAAGAAAACAGAGCGUCUGAUCCAAAUCCAACCAAGGGACUGUUCACGUUCAGAGUUUCAGGGUACCAGCUGGACCAGUAACAGAUCUGGCCCUGUGAGCUUUGGAACUGAGAACCGAGACCAGAUUUCAUCAGCCAGCAAUGGAAUUUCAGGAGUCGGAAUUUGAAAUUGAGUACCUCGUGGGGCAAACUGCUGGCACCACCUCAGAGGAGCCAUCAGGAUCUUAUGCUCCCCUGGAGGAUCAGGCAUGGUUGGUGCUCAGGAUUUGGGUGGAGGGUGCACGUGACCUAGAGGGGAACAGCAAGCCGGAUGAGGCUAAAGGAAUCGCCAUACAGGCUUUGGCAGAGGGCCUACAUGAUUUGUGGCGUAGACUGGAAGGCAAUGACUUUUGGAUAGAAACCAUUUCAUCUUAUAAUUUAGCUGAAGUGGAUAGGAACUGGAUGAAGGAGAGGGUGAGACUCAGCAGAGGAUGGGGCUACAUAGUAAAUAAGAGAUGGAAAAUGGACCCCAAUGGCCCCAAGAUCCGGGACCCACAUGUAUUGCGGUCUGCCUUACAGACACUAGUUGAGAGCAUUCACGAUCUGUGGUAUCAACUGGGUCAGAGAGAAGAUUCCAAGGAUCCCCGUCCUUGGGACUUUAUCGUAGAAACUGGAUCAUUUGUUGAUGAGUUCCCAGAUAUCCUGAUGAAUGGGGAAGGGGAGAUGGAGGAAGACAGUGAAGACAGUGGAGAGGAAGGAGAUGAAGAAUGGUGGGAACAGGGAGCGGACACCGAUGUUCACGACAUUUGUGGUCCAGGGGUGGAAGAUUCUGACAUUGACACAGAUGAGGAAUCAAUCCCAGAAGAUGGGGCAGUCAUGCAUUAUUCCCACUUCAAGGCAUUCGCCCUCUGGAAGAAUCCCAAGUAUAUGACCGUUAAGUCACUUAAGGGCAUGGCAGGGGCAAUGUGGGAUUUUGAGCCACUGAAUGGUAUCCUGCGGGAAAUUGUCCCACCUGUGUGGGAAGAUACCUCUGAAACCUGGGCCCGUGAUAGCCUGGAGGCUGGCCAGAAGCAGGUGACCCCCUUCCGUUCCUUCCCUAAGCAUAAACUGUACCCCCUUCUGGUGGAGAGUAGUGAGGAAGAGGUUAUGACCAUACACAUCCUGGAGGAUCGAGGUGAUUUCAGGCCAGGGAUGUCGCCCUCUGAUGCUCCACUGUGGCCAGUGAAGAAGUCAUGUGGCCCAUGGAGCUCGAGGAUCGACUCCUGGGCCUUGAGUGAGGUGACAGCUCGAUUGAUUCCAAUGGUAACCACCUAUCAAGGGUCGGUGGAUGAGGUCCCAGGGAAUGUGCCCUGGUUCCCGGGACCGAGCACUGACAAUUGGUUUUUGAGCAGACCGUUCAACCCCUUCAGCCAACCUAAGAUAACUUUUUCGUGGGGGAAGCAGCAAUACGGCUGGACUAGGCUGCCUUGGGGAUUUCUUCAUAACAUAGCCAUUUUUAAUUCAGCAGUGCAGGGUGUUUUCAAAGACCUCUACCCCAGGGUGGCCCCAGAUGAGAAAGAGCUCCUCUGUUGGGGGGUUUCUGAGGAGAAGACACAGAGGGUGACCAGUAUUAUCAUCCAGAGAUUGACCUGUGUGGGCCUCAAGCUUGAUGCACGCAAGGCUCUGUUGGUCCAGAGAGAAGGGUCCUUUUUAGGCCUCAAGGUUGGGGCUCGUAAGUGGAAGCUGGGCCCUAUCAGUCUGAUCAUAAUGGAUCCAAACCUUGCCUCCUGCAACCUACCUGCAAUCGGUCCAACCGUGUAGGAGGCUGGUGGAGGUUUUGCUAAAGGUUCUGCUCCGUUGCCACUGCUCUACAAGCCCUCUAGAGACAUUAGUAAUCUCACAAGUGGAAGCAAUAAUGAUGAUGCUGGUAUUGGUAAAGGACUCAUUCAUUCAUUCAUUCAAUUGCAUUUAUUGAGCGCUU